CGCUGUGACAGGAAUGCUUUACUAGAUUUACUUAUUUUGUGGUAUAUCAUACUGUAUAGGCCUACCUUAACCAAAAACCAGCUUGUCGGUUUAAAUGUGGUCUGUUGUGUCUUUUUGAGUUGGUUUAAGAGCAAGAGAUCCAGUGACCUUCUGCUCUAUCCCAAAGUGUUCCUUUCAUUUUAGUCAAAAGAAUUUCAGGUCAACGUACAGUAGCUGAGACAGCUUGUCACUACAAGCUCUGUGCCCGCUUUCCCCUUUAAGAAGGCACGCUUCCUGGAUGCGUGGCUACAGGGGCGCCUUAUGGAUUGGCUGGCGUCUGACUCUGAACUCCCAGCCCCCCGGAACAGGAUCUCCUGUCAGUGCUGACGUUUGAUGUAGGAGAUGGCGGCGGUGGAUGUGUCUGUCUUGGACCAGAGUGAGAAAGAAACCCGGGAGAAGCUGUCUCUCUGGGACCGCAGAUCGGACCCCAUGGCGCCCCUGACAGAGCGCCAGACAGACUCCAUUCUGGAGGUCCGAGCAGCCGCUGAGAAUCUCCCAAUCCCUUCUGAGUUGCCCAUUGAAGACCUGUGCAGCCUGACGUCGCGCUCGCUCUGUGCCCCGCUGUCCACGACGGUGCCGGCUUCCACAGAGGACGUCCUGUUCAAGGGCUUCCAGUCGCUGGGCAUGGAGAAUGAGCGGAUAGAGACCGCACAGCAGUUCUUCUCUUGGUUUUCCAAGUUGCAGACACGGGUGGACCAAGAUGAAGGUGCAAAGAACAGACUGACCAGAGAUCACCUGAGUGGUUUUCAGGACCAGUGCGAUGCUAUCCUGAAUGAUGUGAACACUGCCCUGCAGCACCUGGACUCUCUGCAGAAGCAGUACCUGUUCGUAUCCACCAAGACAGGAACGCUGCACGAGGCCUGUGAACAACUCCUGAAAGAGCAGUCAGAACUGGUUGACCUGGCACAGAGCAUACAACAGAAGCUGUCUUAUUUUAAUGAAUUAGAAAAUAUAAACGCGAAGUUGAAUUCUCCUACAUUGUCUGUGAAUAGUGAAGGAUUUAUACCGAUGCUCUCUAAACUGGACGACUGCAUCGAAUAUGUUUCCUCACAUCCACAUUUUAAAGACUAUCCUGUUUACUUAGCCAAGUUUAAACAAUGCCUUUCCAAAGCUAUGCAUUUAAUGAAGACUCACACUGUGAACACACUACAGAACCUCACCACCCAGCUAACAAAAAGGGAUCCAUCGGGUGUGCCUAGUUCUGAAAAUGCUUUUACAUUGUAUUAUGUGAAGUUCAGAGCAUCUGCCCCUAAAGUUAGAACACUCAUAGAGCAGAUAGAACAGAGAUCUGAGAAGAUACCUGAGUAUCAGCAGCUAUUAGGAGAAAUUCACCAGUGUUACCUAGAUCAGAGAGAGCAGUUACUCAGUCCCAGCAUAACGUCCACCAUUACAGACCUGACCAGCCAGAAUAACAAGGACCACUGUGCACUGGUGCGCAGUGGUUGUGCCUUCAUGGUCCACGUGUGUCAGGACGAGCACCAGCUCUACAACGAGUUCUUCUCUAAGCCAACAGUCAAGCUAGAUGAACUGCUAGAGAGGCUGUGCCUGUCGCUGUACGACGUCUUAAGGCCGCUCAUCAUCCACGUCAUCCAUCUGGAGACCCUGUCAGAGCUCUGUGGGAUCCUCAAGAAUGAGAUGCUAGAGGACCACGUUCAGAACAACAUGCAACAGCUGGGAGCCUUCGAAGCUGUGGUUAAGCAGAUGUUGGAGGACGUUCAAGAGCGACUUGUGUACAGAACCCACAUCUACAUCCAGACUGACAUCAUUGGGUAUAACCCUGCCCCGGGAGACCUGGCAUACCCUGAUAAGCUGGAAAUGAUGGAGAAAAUCGCCCAGAGCUUAAAGGAAGAGCAGAAGAAACAGCUUUCCUUGGAUUCUUCAUUUUCAGAUGUCCAGCUGGAAGACGCCGACUCUAAAAAUGUCAUCAAAUCAGGUACUGGAGAAGCUCCCGGAGCUCGGCUGCACGCCUCCAUCUCUCCGGCGGACUUGCACGGCAUGUGGUACCCCACCCUGAGGAGGACCUUGGUGUGCCUGUCCAAGCUGUACAGGUGUAUUGAUAGAGCAGUUUUUCAAGGCUUAUCACAAGAGGCCUUGUCUUCAUGUAUCCAGUCGCUACUGAAAGCCACAGAUGCCAUCACUAAGAACAAGACUCAAAUCGAUGGCCAGCUGUUUCUCAUCAAGCACCUGCUGAUCAUGAGGGAACAGAUUGCUCCCUUCCACACUGACUUUGCCAUUAAGGAAAUUUCUCUGGAUCUCAAAAAAACUAAAGAUGCUGCUUUUAAAAUUUUUAAUCCUAGGACAGUUCCUAAGUUUUUUCGACUGAACAGUCACAAUGCUAUCCUUCAGUUUCUGCUUGAGGGAACGCCCGAGAUAAAAGAGCAUUAUAUAGACUCCAAGAAAGAUGUCGAUCGCCAUCUGAAAUCCAGCUGCGAACAGUUUAUCCAGCAGCAGACCAGGCUUUUUGUGGGAAACUUGGAGGAAUUUCUAACCAAGGUGACAGCACUGAAGACAAUGGCCAACCAAGGGGGGCCAAGCUAUAAUCUUCCUCAGCAGCCAUGGGCACAGCCUGCCAAGAUCAAUGAGCUUUUGACGGCCACAUACAGAACCAUGAAAACGAAACUACCAACAACCUCGCAAAGCAUGUCUUUGUACCUGGCCAACAGAGACACAGAGUUCAUCCUUUUCAAGCCAGUCCGGAACAAUAUUCAACAAGUGUUCCAGAAGCUCCACACAGUUCUCCAAGAGGAAUACAGCGGGGAGGAUCUGCAGAUCAUUGCCUGUCCCUCUAUGGAGCAGAUCAAUUUGCUGCUGUCGGUAAACAAAUAAUAACCAACCGCAAAACUCUUGAAGAGGCAGCCACUGGCCUUAACUCUGGAGGUGCUGUCGGGAUGCAGGUGUCGGGUUUUCCACGUUCACCACCUCUUCUUGCAGAUUCAUUCAAAGAACUCGAGCUGCAGGUUUUUUUUCCCCGGACUUGUGAGAAUGUGUUGUUCCUUGGGACAUGUUGCACAGUAGUUAAACCAAAGACGAUGUUAUGCUGACAAAGGAGAACGCUGGGUUUGCCAACAUUUCAUACGCAUUUUGUAUUUUCCGUUUCUUUAAAAGUUCUUAGACAUUGAAAAAACAGGUUAUAAUACGAGAAACAGGAAGAAAGUGAAUGUUAUAGGUGAACUUCUCUGUGAAGUUGGGUGAUUAUUGACAUGUAAGUGGCACCUCUUCCCCUUAGUUUGAUUUGGUACCAUUUUCUGUUAACCAAGUAUUUUUUUCCUGACAUAAUUUGGUAAGCUUGCAGCCACAGUUGUACCUGUAUAUCUGUUGGAGUGGUGUGGUUACUCUUAUUUAACUAACAUCUGAAGAAAAUACCUGAUCACCUUCUUUUAUGUGCUUUUCUGAAGACGAUAUUGGCAGAAGCAGGUUUUUCAAUAAAUAUAUAUCCUGCACUUGUAUGAAUUCAGGAAGUAGAAAUGUGUCAGUAAUCACAUAGGGCCCAGGAAGGUUGGUUUUCUAGCAGAAAGCUGAGGUGAAAUGGCAUAAUCACUUAGAAUCACAAAAUUUUCUUCUAGUACUCUCAAGUAACUGGUAGCAAUGUGCAUAUCGGUUUUGUUUUGUACUAUAGGAGUAAAAUUCAGAGGGUUUCCUUUGUCAAAGGUAACAUUACUGAAAGAGACUCAUUUAUGGUAGGGUGGUCAAACUUAUUUGUUGUGACAUUUAUUUAAAUGUACUACAGGAUGACUGUAUAUAACAAAUUAUCAAGAUUCUAGGCACAAGCAAUAGAUAAUAUUU